GCAUGUCAUACCCGUCAAGAAGAAGCAGCUGCCUCGAAGAUUUCAGGUGGUCAAGGAGCACCAAGAACCAGAGACCAGCCACUCGCAUCUCAGAAAAAUAAGAAGAAAUGUCGAAACAAUAAUAAGCGACGUUGGCGACAGAGGGAACUAGAACAAGGCAUCUUCACUACGACUACUGGCAAAGCAAAGAAGGACAUCAGGGAGGAUUUCAUCGGCAGUGGCGGUGGGACACUUGCAACUAAAAAGCAAGCAAAAAUUUUUGAAAGAGCCAAAAAUGC